AUGGCUCCAGACAAGUUCCACGUGUUUGGUAGUAUUGGUACCGUUUCGGAGUUUGAAGCGACGGAUGAUUGGAAAUUGUACCAGGAAAGGCUGGAACAAUAUUUCCUCGCUAAUGCCAUUGAAGAAGGAAGGAAGGUUCCUGUAUUACUGUCAGUAGUUGGAUUAAAUACUUACAAAAUAAUUAAGGAUUUGAGUGAUCCGGUUUUACCUAAAGAUAGACCGUGUACAGAAAUUUGUGAUUUGUUAAAUGGUCAUUUUUCUCCAGCAGUUUCGGUAUUUCGAAAACGUAUAGAGUUUUAUAAUCUUCGACAAGGUGAAGUUGAAACUUGUGGAAAUUGGUAUGCAAAACUGAAAAAUGCAGCCAUCGAGUGUAAAUUUGGUGCAAAACUAAAUGAUGUACUCAAGGAUAAGUUUGUAUCUGGAUUAAGAGCAGGAAAAGUGUUGGACCGGCUCUGUGAAGAGGAUCCUGAAACAAAAACGUUAAAAACUAUGGUCGAACUGGCGCUGAAGUAUGAAUCAACGGUUGUUAAUUCAGUCAGAGACAUUAACGUUGUGAAUACUUACAAAGGCAAAAAUUACAGACACUAUGUUGACAAGAAGGCACCUAAGAACUAUAAGAACAUGGGCAAUGAAAAAGCGACGACAGCUACAACAGGAGCAGCGAAGCUGGGACCGUCUACUACAAGUAAAGCAGCCUGUUUUGCAUGCGGUAAGAGCAACCAUAAAUUUUCUGAAUGCAGGUACAAGGAGUUUAUUUGCAAUGUAUGUAAGACCAAAGGUCAUUUAGCAAAAGUAUGUAAGAGUAGGAAAAACAGCUAUAAGGUUAAGUCUAAUAAUUAUGUUAACUCUGAGGAAACUCAGAAAUUAGAUAGCUUGGGUAUGGAUUUUAUUAAUAUGUUUAGUUUAAAUGAAGUUAAUUUCUGUGAACCUUUUAUAAUUAAAAUGUUAGUUAAUGGGGUACAGUUAGAAAUGGAACUAGACACUGGUGCAGGAGUGUCAGUUUUACCAGAAAAUAUUUUAAAAGGAAAAUUAAGAAUGUAUGAAAUUAAACCUACCUUUGUGAAACUCAAGGCUUAUGAUGGAGCAAUAAUUGAACCGAUUGGUGAAGUGGAAAUGUGUGUCGAUUAUAAAUCAAUAAAAAAAAAGUGUAAGUUUUUGGUUGUUUCAAGUGAUAAUAAACCGUUGGUUGGUCGAGAUAUCAUGGCAGAGUUUGGCAUUGGAGUUAACAACCUGAUUAAUGUUAACAGUAGGAAGUUAAAUUUGGAUAAGUUGUUACAUGAAUUUAAGGAUAUUUUUAGUGAAGAGAUUGGUACUUACAAUUUUGAAAAAAUUAAUUUGAAGCUUAAGCCAGAUUCAAGUCCAGUAUUUGUCAAACCAAGAACGGUUCCUUUUGCGUUUAAAGUUAAAGUAGAAGAGGAGUUAAGUAGAUUAGAGAAGGAAGGUGUCAUUACCUUAGUGGAUAAUAAUGAUUGGGGAACACCCUUAGUGCCUGUGCUAAAAAAUAAUGGAGAAAUAAGAAUUUGUGGUGAUUAUAAAACUACAGUGAAUAAGUUUUUAGAGGAUGUUAAGCACCCUCUGCCAAAGGUAGAAGAGUUAUUUGUAGCUUUACAAGGUGGAAAAACUUUUUCAAAAAUUGAUUUUAGAAAUGCGUAUAAUCAAUUGGUGUUAGAUGAAGAGACAAGUAGACUUCUGGCUUGGAGCACACAUAAAGGAAUUUAUUUGGUAAAUAGGUUGCCAUAUGGAACCAAGCCAGCAUGUGCAGUUUUCCAGAAAAUAGUUGAAAAAGUUUUGCUUGGUUUAAAGAAUACAAUGAAUUUUUUGGAUGAUGUAAUAGUAACUGGUGCUACGGAUGAAGAGCAUACUGAUAAUUUAAAAGCAGUUUUUAGUAGGCUAAAAGAAGCAGGUUUCCGUGUGAGCUUGAGUAAAUGCAGUUUUUUUCAAGAAGAGAUUCAUUACUUAGGUCAUAUAAUAUGUGCUAAAGGUCUUAAGAAAGAUAAGUCUAAGAUGGAGGCGAUUAGGUUAGCCCCUAGACCACAAAAUGUGCAUGAAGUAAGAGCUUUCGCAGGCAUGGUAAAUUACUAUGGUAAAUUUAUUAAAAACUUAUCAGGUUUAAUGGAACCCAUUUAUCAAUUAUUAAAAAAAGGACAACAGUUUAUUUGGUCUGAUAAAUGUGAGAAGGUUUUUUGUAAAGCGAAAGAGUUAAUGUGUUCGGAUGACAUUUUGGUGCAUUAUGACCCUUCUUUGGAACUAGUAUUGAGUUGUGAUGCUUCUCAAAAAGGCAUAGGUGCAGUGUUAUCUUGUAUUUUACCUGGUGGCAUAGAAAAACCUGUUACAUACAUAUCAAGAGUUUUAAAUGAAACGGAACAAAAGUACUCAGUUAUUAUCAAGGAGGCGUUGGCAAUUUUUUGGGCGGUUCGAAAACUAAAUCAGUAUUUGCCAGGAAAAAAAUUUAUUUUGAGGACAGAUCAUAAGCCAUUGUUGGCAAUAUUUGGAGAAAAGAAAGGUAUACCAGUUAUGGCAGCGGGCAAGUUACAACGUUGGGCUAUGUUUUUAGCUGGUUUUGAUUAUAAUAUUGUUUAUAUUAAGGGAAGCGAAAAUGGUGCGGCUGACGGAUUGUCUAGACUUCCUUUAAAAGUGAAAGAGGAGGACUUAGGUGAAGAUUAUUUGAAAUUUGUCGAAAGGUCCUGUCCUAUUGAUGCUUGCAUGAUUAGAGUUGAAACAAAAAAAGAUAGGAUUCUAAGUGCAGUUUUAUCAGUUAUUAAUGGCGAUUCGGUGUUAGAAGAAAUCUCAGCAGAAAUGAAUACCUUUAUUAAUAAAAAAAAUGAGUUGUACGUUGAAGAAGGAAUUAUUAUGUGGGGUUAUAGAGUUGUCAUACCAAAAGUUUUACAGGAAGGAUUACUUAAUGAGUUACAUGGUGCACACAUGGGUGCAGCUAAAAUGAAGAAUCUGGCUAGAACUUAUUUUUGGUGGCCAAAUUUAGAUAAAGAUAUUGAAAAGUUUGUUAGUAGUUGUAUUUUAUGUGUUGAGGCAAGACCAAACCCACCAUUAGCCAAGUUAAUUAAGUGGCCAGAUAGUGUUGGUGUCUUCGACAGAGUACACAUUGAUUUUUUGGGUCCAGUCUCUGGAAAAAUGUUUUUUGUUUUAACUGAUGCUUUUUCUAAGUGGCCUGAAAUUUAUGAAAUGCCUAGGACAGAUGCAAAAUUCAUGAUAGACAAACUCAAAGAUAUUUUUGCAAGGUAUGGUUUGCCAAAUAAGAUUGUGUCUGAUAAUGGUCCACAGUUUGUUUCGGCAGAAUAUAGAGAAUUUUGUCAUCGUAAUGGUAUUAGAGUGAUAACUUCACCACCGUUUCAUCCAUCUACAAACGGGGCAGCCGAGAAUGCUGUUAAAACUUUCAAAGCUUGUUUGUUGAAGUUUAUUAAGGACAGUAGUAAAUUCAUGUCAGUUAGUUCUGUGAUUAGUAGGUAUUUAUUUAACUAUAGGAACACACCACAUUGGGUGACUGGAGAAUGCCCUUCAAUGUUAAUGUUUGGCAGAAAAGUGCGUACUAGAUUGGAUUUAUUAAGGGAGUUCGGAGGUAGAAAGGAUGAUCAGUUUAAAAAUUUCAAAGGAAAAAGAGAAGUAGAAUUCGAGGAAGGUGAAAUGUGUUUUGCCAGGGAUUACAAAAAUCCUAAUAAGAGAUCUUGGAAAAAGGGAGUAGUUGAAGAGGUUCUUGGAAAAAGAAUUUAUUUAGUUAGGAUACUAGAGAGUAAUGUGGUAUGGAAAAGACACUUAGAUCAAAUGAUCAAGUCUGGUGACUUCUAUAGGAACCCAAGUGAGAACAUAGAUUAUGAAAAUGAACUAAAUAGUGAUGUGGGUAAACAAUUAGAUGAUGAAUUAGAGAAGGAAAUAGUAAAAGAAAAGUUGGACUUAGUACUAGGUGAAGCUUCAGUUGAGACUCCUAAGAGUGAUGAAAUUGGUAGAUGUGAGAGGCGACCUGGACUAAGGGGAAAUAUAAAAAAAGUAAUUAAGUUAGAUCUAUAA